AUGGCCAAAGCGGCUCUUGAUCAGUACACUCGAGCUGUGGCCAUCGACCUGAUUCAGUACGGAGUACGUGUAAACUCGGUGAGCCCUGGAGUCGUAGCAACUGGGUUCGCUGGUGCCAUGGGAUUGGAAGAUCAAGCGUCAAAAAAAGUGAGUGACGGAAAUCAGGCCUCCAAAAUAUUGAAGAAAAUUCAGUUCUACGAAUAUUUGUCCAGCGAGAGAAAGGCGAUACCGGCGAUGGUUGCUGGGACUCCAGAGGAUAUUGCCUGGAUCAUUUUGUUUCUUGCUGAUCGAAAAAUGUCUUCAUAUAUCAUUGGACAAUCGAUAGUUGCCGAUGGAGGAACUACACUGGUUCUGGGAAUUGAUUUUAAAGAAGCUAUGCAAUGA